CUUCUUCCACGCCAUGACGCCAGAGAAUCUCGCGAUGAAUUACUGAUUCGUUCCAUGGUUAUUCACCAAGGGGACCAUACGCAUUUUUCUCUGACCUACUUGCAUUAGCUAGACCGUAAACAUUUCUGCCAUUACGCGAAAUAAGUUGCGUAGCUACAUUAUUGAGUUUAAUUGACUUCUGUGAGUUUGUGAGGGAAUGUCGAACGGGGAAAGAUCGGUUGAGGUGGCUGGGAACGGCAACAUAAUGGGUGAGUAGAAGAACCUGGAGGGUUAUGUUGGCUUUGCAAAUCUUCCCAACCAAGUUUACAGAAAGUCGGUGAAAAGAGGCUUUGAGUUCACUCUCAUGGUCGUGGGGGAAUCUGGGCUCGGAAAGUCAACGUUGAUCAACUCCCUCUUCCUGACAGACUUGUACUCUCCUGAAUAUCCCGGCCCUUCAAACAGAAUCAAGAAGACUGUACAGGUGGAGCAGUCCAAGGUGCUGGUCAAGGAGGGAGGAGUCCAGCUCCUGCUCACCAUCGUGGACACGCCAGGGUUCGGCGACGCCGUGGACAACAGCAACUGCUGGCAGCCGGUCAUCGACCACAUCGACAGCAAGUUCGAGGAUUACCUCAACGCCGAGUCCAGGGUGAACCGACGCCAGAUGCCCGACAACCGAGUUCACUGCUGCCUGUACUUCAUCGCCCCCUCUGGACACGGACUGAAGCCUCUUGAUAUAGAGUUCAUGAAGCGGUUACAUGAAAAAGUGAACAUCAUCCCGCUCAUCGCAAAAGCCGACACAAUGACUCCAGAGGAGUGCCAGCAGUUCAAGAAGCAGAUUAUGAAAGAAAUCCAAGAGCACAAAAUUAAGAUCUACGAGUUCCCGGAGACUGACGAUGAGGAGGAGAACAAGUUGGUGAAGAAGAUCAAGGAUCGUUUACCACUGGCCGUCGUCGGUAGCAACACCAUCAUCGAGGUCAACGGAAAGCGUGUGCGGGGGAGGCAGUACCCCUGGGGCGUGGCGGAAGUGGAGAACGGCGAACACUGUGACUUCACAAUCCUGCGGAACAUGCUCAUCAGAACCCACAUGCAGGACCUGAAAGACGUGACCAACAACGUCCACUACGAGAACUACCGCAGCAGGAAGCUGGCGGCCGUCACCUACAACGGAGGCGUGGACAACAACAAGAGCAAAGGCCAGCUCACCAAAUCUGACUCAGUUGACGGCAUGAGCCCCCUGGCGCAGAUGGAGGAGGAGCGGAGGGAGCACGUGGCCAAGAUGAAGAAGAUGGAGAUGGAGAUGGAGCAGGUGUUUGAGAUGAAGGUCAAGGAGAAGAUCCAGAAGCUCAAAGACUCCGAGGCUGAGCUGCAGCGGCGUCACGAGCAGAUGAAGAAGAACCUGGAGGCCCAGCACAAGGAGCUGGAGGAGAAGAAGCGUCAGCACGACGAGGAGAAGGCCAACUGGGAGGCUCAGCAGAGGCUGCUGGAGCAACAGAAACUCGACGCCUCCAGGACCUUGGAAAAAAACAAGAAGAAGAAGAUCUUUUAAAAGACUGUUGGAGGAGCACCGUAACAAUGUACUAGUUGCCAAUUUGCCAGCCUGGACAGUAGGUCUGUGUCGACCAACGAUGUCAUCUGUGUGACCUGAUACUGUGUGUGCGUGUGUGUGUGUGAAGGCCUGAGGGACAGCGUGGUCUGUGGACUAUGGGUUUAUUUGGGGGGUGGGGGGGCUGUCCUCUGGUACGCCCACUGUGCACCUGGACAGCCCUCCACUCUGUCUCUCUCUCUUUCUGUGCUCUCUGUUUUUUUGCGUUCUCUUCAUCCCUCUCCCUGUCUUUCUUUUUAUCUGUCUACACCCAAAGAUCUAUGUUCUGUUGUCUUCUAAGAUGGACAGGAAGACGGUUGCACAAUCCUGUUUUAGGACCGAUUAGAGGUCACAAGCACAAGAAUUUACUGAAAAACAUGAAAACAAGAGGUAGUUAUUCCGAACAGGGUUUUUUUUUUUUUACAGUGUCGUAAAGGUAAACAGGAUCUAUUGGAUUUGAACCCAGAAUGCCAGAAAGUCCUUUUUCUUCUCUCUCCUCCGGUAGAUUGCUAGGUAACCGUGGAGACUGCACUACUAGUUCUACUACUAGUGUUCUUUUUAACGCCAAAUGACCAAACUAAGGAGUAGGCCUCUCACUUAAGGCACGUUGACAGAGCGCAUAGGGCUGAAGCUCACCUCAGGCGUCGUUUUAUAACUUGUUUUAGUUGAGUUAAGGCUUCCUGUUUUUCUCCCAAGCUGUUAUUUUCUUCCAUCUCUUGUAAUUUAAAUUAUAUAUCCAUGGACCCCAGUGUAUAACAUCAGUCAUGUAACAUUUUCAUAAUUGUUGUGUUUUUUUUUAAAUAUAUAUAUAUUGGCCCUACUUCAGUAAUCAUUCGUUUGUUUCAUGUAUUUUAGCCAUCGUUUCCCAAUUCUGUCCCACGGGGGUUUUUGUGCAUGCUGGACAUAACUCACCUAGGGAUCAACAACAAGGAAAUGCCCAUACAGUGUUCAUUGUAUGUGGGUUUACACGGCUUGUAGAUCUCUGCUGCAUUGGGCCUUGACCAUGGCUCACCCACAGCCUGAACUGUUGAGGUGCACCGUUGAACCCCCUUGACUAGGGUUGGGAAACCACCUGUUAGAUGAGGCGGGGGGUGGGGGGGGGGGGGUGCUGUUGACCAGACUGUUGCAGUACGGCCCCGUCAGCCAAUCAGUCGACUCCCCUGAGGGAAUCCUAGACAUGCUGGGUCACCUGACUGCAUCAGCUGACCUGCCACCUCAGCCAGCCUCCUUCACAUUUAGCUCUGUUCAUGUACUGCAUCCCUGUAUUUUUUAUGUCUUUUAUUUGAUUUUUACUGUACAAAGUCACAUAAUAAACUUGUGAUGAUAAAAUUAAGUGUU